UCCACCACCACCUCCAUCAUCAAACCGCCCCCGAAUCUUAUUCCCUCAUUCCCCAAACCCAACAUUCUCUCUCGACUACCACAUCUACCUACCUCCUCCCGAUCCUUCCUAAUGUCUCCACCCAGAUCCUAAGCCCCCAUCUUCACGAUGCCCGUUGUGACUCGGCAUUUGCUCAACUUCUUAAUUCCUUGCAUUAACAUCACUGUAUCCAUUACUACCCUACACUCUUGCGCGCGAUCCUCCUCUUGACUGAAAAUCGCUCCCGGCUGCUCCGAAGUGCGCGUCAAUCUCUCUUCUCUCGUCGCCCUGUCUUUGUCCAGCCGACCGUAACGCGACCGAAGCUCGGAUAACUCUCUCGACGUGCGCCGGCUCAUCGCGCUGGCCAUUUUUGAUCUGAUUUUAACAAGCAAACCGAGUCAAGUGAUUUGCCUAUCAUAUACGAGUAAUCAAUCACUGCGAUCAGCGCAGCCCGAUACCGUGGCCUGAAUUAUCCCUCGGCGCGACUUGACGCUCGGCUUUGUGACCGCGCGUAUAAUUAUUACAUUCAAACUGCGAAUUUUCAUCUCAACAUUCAUUAUUUCCAUUGCAAGGCAGGUCCUUGUGGAUAGAUUGUUCGGAUUGAUAGCACGCGACACCGAGAACCUCUUUCGCCCGAGCCUCCACCUUUUGGCAUCGGAACAUGCAAGGCUAUUCAUUUGCGCCUCCCUCGGGACCUCCCCGAGAUGGCCAGAAAAAUUAUGUAUUCGUCGAUGAACACAAUCGGCACAAGAGGCUGAAAGUGAUGCGGGCGUGUAAUGGUUGUCGGAAAAGAAAGAUCAAGUGUGAUGCGGCCACGACAAAUACAUGGCCAUGCUCGGCAUGCACUCGCUUAAAGUUGGUCUGUGUGCCACCCACCAUCGGUCAAGAUGGAGACUUUGUCAAUGAGGGAAUGGAAUCUGCCCAGGAGGUUGGCGCCUCCUCCGCCACGUCCGAACCCUCGCAUCAUGCCUUCCCGGUGCCUCCGGCCUAUAGAGACCCCAAUCAAGCGCCGAUGGGAACGAUGCCGCCUUACGACGGAAUGGGCAUGUAUGGCCAAUUUGUUCAUGCGCCUCCGGCCCAGCCUGGAAUGUAUAACGACAUUCGAUCAUCCCCCAUGGUCAUGCCACACCAGUCAUAUCAACAGCAACCUCAAGUAUUUCCGGGUUCUCAACCUCCACACUUGUCAACCCCAGAUCGGAGCGUGUUUGCAGAGAACGAUCAAUCGACGGCGGACAAUCUCAGCGAUGUUCUUGGAGAGCUGAAGAUUGAUGAAUCGGGCAUCGCUCCAUAUAUCCGGCGACAAAGGAAAGAUCUUAUUGAACCAGAGGCGCCUGUCCAAGACGAAGUGGAAGAAAGACUGCCCCCUCUCAGUACGGGAGCAGGCGCAACCAUUCGAAUCCCACCCGAGUUGAUGCCCGAUGACGAAGACGUGAUGAAUUACUUCAAAAUCUACUUCGACGAAAUCCACCCUUACGUUCCCGUGAUUCCCCGCGCCCACUUAUACUACCAAUGGCAAAAUGACCGCUCCUCUAUAUCUCCACUCCUCCUCGAAGCUCUGUUUGCGUGCGCGGGGCGAUUAUCUGAUGAGCCUUCGGAAGGGGCCCAAUGGCUUGCUAUGGCGAACAGACACGAGUCUAGUUUUAUGGACGUUCCGCGAUUAAGCACCAUCCAAGCCUUGCUGCUCUUGCUCAAGGCAAGAGAGUCAUUGCCCAAGAAGGGCUAUUAUUAUCGGUCAUGGCAGACCGUCAAAACCAUCGUAUCCAUGGCCAAGGACCUCGAUAUUCAUGAACAUUAUAGCGGCCACGCCGAAGGGCGACCCUGUGACUUGAGCCCGAUUGAAUGCUUGGUGAGCACUCGGAUUUGGCAGACAAUUCUGGUGGUUGAGGUGAUGAUUGGAGCACCCCAGGGCCGCUCUGACUACGGCGUUGACCCUGAAACUGUCGAUAUGCGUCCAACCCUGGAUAUCCGAGGGUUGGAUCAGUACGAAACGGAACGCUCCAGACAAUACGCCUACUUUGUCCGUAAUGCACACCACAUUCGCAUCAUCGCCGACGUAUACCACAAGAUCAAAAAGCAGAAAGAUUGGGGCGCGGACCCUCGUUUCGUACAGAAGAACCCGCUCUUCGACGACUGGCUGCAUAAUUUGCCCACAGAUUUGCAGGUAAAUUACCCAUCAGAUGGGGCCCCUCCAUGGAUUCCGUCUCAUUUUGUCGGCAACAUGCACUGCCACUGUCAUCUGGCCAUCAUCCUGCUCCAUCGUCCUCAGCUUGUGGCAUCCCAGUCCUUUACAGCAGGUAGUGACUGGAAAAUUCAUUUCUCAAUGUGUUAUACCUCGGCAAAGAGUAUUUGUCGUUUGCAGGAAGCUAUCCUGGAGCGAUUCGGGUUGUCUGGUUUGCUGUACAUGCAGCGAGGCAUCAAUUUUGCGAUUUAUUGCAUUCUCACUUGCACCAUGCUUCACCUGAUCGCAAUCACUUCACCAGACCCGGAUUUCAACUCAGACGCCCGAGAAUAUUUCACACGCCACAUGCGCAUCUUGGAAAGAUGCUCCACAGCCUGGCCCAUGCAAGAGAUCCAGGCACAGAUCGAUUCCCUCCGACUGGCCUUUUCCGCGGAUACUCAUCGACCGUUUGAGCUGAAACCGAGCUUUCCCUACGGCAGUCCCUCGGAGCCAUACCAGCCCAGUCCCCCCAUGGACGCGCAUUACCAUCCACACCUAAACCAAAUUUCAAGCAAUGUCCAAUCCAGAGUGGGUUUCAACACACAUCCAAUGACCCCUCCGAUAUCUGCUGGUGCUGAAUCAGACGCAAAGUCGGACACCUCCUCCCAGUUACAAUCCCUUGGAAUGGUCCCCCAUCAACCGCCUACAACCCAUCCACUUGAGGCUCCUUUAGUUGAUGAGCAUAGCUGGGACCCCACGCGUAUUAUCAACCAAUGGGAUAUGGCUUUCUCUGUCAACCCUUCAACCGUCAGCGCAAACUCUCCUCCCAUGCCCAUGAACAACAACGCUCAACCCAUGUCGAACAUGGUACACCAACAAUACCCGAUACAAUAUGACUCGCCAUCCAAGGUGGCAGUGCCGCAGACCCAAUCCGUGUCACCGCCACAGUUCCAGGCCCCCCCGGUCGUGUUCAGUGCACGAGAUUGGCAACAAAGCGUGGCAAGCGUGUAUGAUCCGCAGGGCUUGAAGAGACGGUGGAAUUACUCCACGGAUCUUGGUGACAACAUGAUCAAGCGGCAACGAGGGUGAUGAGACACUUGAAUUACCUACAACUCCCUCUGCAUCUCUCGACUCUUUCGCGACCUUGUCUAUCGAUCUACCCCUACUGGACCAGAGCCAGCCUGUCCUCUACCAUUUGUUCCCGUUCUUAUCUGAUUCCCCUAUCUCUUGUGACACUUGUUUCCUUGUUUUGUUUUCACCAUCUUCGGCUUUGUCGCCACAGGUCGCCCUACCUGCAACGGGUGCUAUAAGGGCUAUGACUGAAAUUGGGGAUGUUCCGCGGCGAUUGUCUUCGCAUUGGGAAGAUGCCGCUUGUUGAUUUGAAUGAGGAUUGGAUUGUAUGAUUCCUACUGUACAUCACGAUGAAAAAGGUCUAGAAGCAUGUGCUGAAGAGAAGACAUAUCAUUGAGAGGAU